AUCCAAGAAAUCGAUGAGAUUGAGCUUUUCAAUUUGUUGACAUUCCUGAAGUGAGAGAAGCUUUUUUGCUGCAUAGUGAAAAUGGAAUUUCAGGAAAAAGUGUGCAGAACAUGCCUCAACAGUGGAUUCCCCCUUUCAUCACUAAACGUGAAACUUGAGGAUCAGAUGCAGGGAAGGAAAAUGCUGGAAUUUCUCCUGGGCAGUACCAUUGAUGCCUGUGAGACUUUCUCCGAAAUCUGUGAACCCUGUCGGAAGAAGCUCAUCUUCUGCUACACCUUCAAAAUACAGUGUUUAUCCUCAGAGGAGAAGAUUAAGCAGUACACGAAGGUGGUUGAAGUGGUUUUACCGGAUCCUCUUGGGGUGAACUCGGAGGAAGUCCCACUGUUGAUUCCCAAAGUGGAGAUAGAAGAGGAAGAAGAUCAUCAGGAAGCUUUUGAGGAUUCGACAAAUGUUGGGCCAGAAGAACUUCCCCUAAGAGUACCAGAAGAGCAACUCUUUGAGCAGAGACAGGUGAAGAAGAAGACUUACAGAUGUGGAAGAUGCGACAUAAGAUUCCCGGAUAAGCAGGGAUACAACAAACACUUCUACCGGGAACACUUUCGCAGGGCUAGUACAGUGAAGAGUAAUGUUCUUCCCAGGAUGAAACCAGCAGUACCUGUAGCCACAUUGAGGGAGCCAUUAGUACAAUUGCGGGAAGUGGAGACAAGGAAAUACAGGCGAUGUAAGAAGUGCAAUAUCGGAUUCCCAGAUAAACGGAGCUACAAUCGACAUUUCUAUCGGGAGCACUACUGCAAAGGAAAAGCCAGACGGGCCUACACAAGUAGGGAACUUCAGGAAAUUCCAGAUCCUCUAAAUGUACUCACUACAAACACCUUCCGGGUAAAGGAGGAAAGUAAUUCCGAGGAAACCUCUACAGUCUUCCUGGACACUCCACCUGUAGUACCCCAAAAAUCACCAGAGAGGCAACCUGUCGAGCAGGGAGAUUUAAAAAUUAGAACUUACAGAUGCGGAAGGUGCGAUAUAAGAUUCCCCAAUAAGCAGGGCUACAACAAGCACUUCUACCGAUAUCACUUCACCAAGGAGAAAACAAGACGGGAGCAGAGGGUCCAUCAGCAGAUGGAAACAAAACUGCGUGAAAUUGGGAUGUCAAAAUCCUGCCACAGCUGCAAAGUUGUUUUCCCCGACAGAGCAUCUUGUAGUGAGCACUACCGGAAUCAUCAUGCUGACUAUGUGAAAACAAAAGUCAAGGGGAUCCCAAUAGUCAUCCCCAGAACCUGCUACACCUGCAACCUGACCUUUCCCAAUGGUGAAAGUCUCUACAUGCACAACAGAGAUGUGCACAGCACAGUUCCACCUGUUCCAUCUGUUUCAUCUAUACCUGAAAGGAUCUUCAGCUGUCGUCGUUGUUUCAUCUCCUUCCCAGACGUCACAAGCUACAAUACUCACAUCGCAGAGACCCACAGAUGUCUACGAAAGAAUACAACAGCUGUAACGGAGAGACUUGGAAGGCAUUUAAAAAGGACAAUAGUUGCUCCAUUAGCUGCAACAUAUGGGACAAGAAGUGCCAGCAGAGCUACAACCUCUUCCUACCCAUGAAGGGGCACACUGGAGAAAUUUUCCGGACUGUCGUCUGAAUUGUCUACAGUUAAGCAUUUCUAACGAGAACAUCGCUUAAAUCUUGACUCUCAUCAGGAAGAUUAAAUUACUUAGAUGCACGUCUUCCUACGUCAUAGGAGUGUCAUUCAUUCUGCACUAAUAACUGCCACCAAAAACCACCAAUAGCCAAAUGAAAGUCUAUUGAAAGGAUUUUUAAAAUAAAUAAAAAAAAUGUAAUGUCGAAAUGAGAUUUAAGCAAGAUAAUAAAAUAUUUUAUGAAAUAAAUUAAAUUAACCUAAAA